UCGCGAAACGUCGAACAGACAUCGACGUGACGUGCCCUUUGACCAAAUUAUUCAAGGCUUUGUACCGCGUACGUUUAUCCGUUUUAUCGACCAAUAACCGAUUGAUGCGUUUUUUUAUGCACCGCUUUGAUCGUAAAUUUUCUAUAUUUUGUUGUCGCACUUCGCUCGAAACACGUCGGGACAGUUCCCGAUUUACUUUUAUUCACGUUCGGAUGGAAACUUAUUUUGUGUUCGCAAGUAUUUAAAACUGAUGUGCAUAUUACCCUAACGUCACGUGAUUUUGCUUCCUAGCAACUUCAAACAACGCCAGGCUAGCUCGAAACAUAAUCACGAUUGAUAACUUUUUUUCUAUGCAUGAAAAUGUACAUCUUAUGUCCGAUUGGAGUGCGGUUAUCGUACUUGCGCGAACAUCUGGUGUCGCGUUAAAAUUUAACGAGAUCUCGUACGUUUUAUUUUGAAACCAUUAUGUCGGCUUUUAUCCGACUCAAUUUGUACGAGUAAAGAAUAAUCGUAUGGCAAAAUGAGAAAACAUAAUAGUAAAUUAACUAAUUUAGAACCGCAGACGUUUAUGAACUCGGAAAUGUAAUCUAAAUCUCCCGUCAAUGAACUGUAAAUGUACAGUUGGGUCAUUAGCGAAUAACUGGGUAAAGCUAGGUGUAGUGCAGAAUGUGGGGAACAAUUAUUCAUAACAUUUCUUAUCAGUUUGAGCAAGUAGCUUAAACUUCAUUGAAUGUUGCAGAAGACUUACAUUGAUUAUCGUAGUUUCCUUUUAUCGGGAUAUAAUGUUGUUACGACUUUAAGCCUUGUUUCCACUUGUUUGGGUUUGACUGCACUUGCAAUAUUAUACGAGGGUAUGAAAAUCUUACAAACUAAAAUACAACAGAGAACUAUUGUCCUUAUACAAAAUCAAACAACUAAAACAUCAGAGAACUCUUCCUUGUUAUCAAAAAUAUCAUCGAGGUCUGUUGGAAAACAAUCUUCUUUACAUUGUAUACGUUGGUCCACUUGGAGUUUUCAAGUGCUUCAUUGGUUUAUACAUACAGUUCUUGGCUAUGUGUUAAUGUUGGCUGUUAUGACAUACAACGUAUAUAUUAAUAUUGCUGUCGUAUUGGGAGGAUGCCUUGGGUACUGGAUAUUUGGUCCUAAACUUAUAGAACUUCAUAUGGCACAAUUUCAUAAAAGACAAAGAUUAUUAGAAUGUGACAAAGAAUGCGCAGAUAACUUAGUUAAUCAUCAAAGGCCAGGAUUAACAGUUUCUAUUGUCGCAGAGCAAUUAGUGACGGAAGCUACCAUUGAAGUUCAUGUGCCAACAGAUGCUUGAGAUAAAUUUUAACAAACA